CGAAUGUUGAUGUGGCUGGCUCAGCCAAUGGGAGCGACGAUAGCCUGCUCGUGCUGCUUUCGCGGCAAAAAGGAUUUGGCGCGCAAACGUGUGCGAGGCCGGGACCAGCUGGGAACAAUAACAGUGCCGGAGUUGAGCGCGAGCGGAUCGGCUGAGCUCGCUGGGUGGAAAAGACGGGCGGGAAAAAGCUUCAGUUGCAUUUCGGCCGGGACCGGGAGAACCUCGGAGAGACCCGACUGGAACAAGGCUGGGCAGCUGGGAAGUCGGCACUGGCCCGGAGAGCGUGGAUGGAAGAGUGCCCUGCGAUGUGCUGCUGUCUGUAGCCCCCCUCCCACCCACCCUUCCUUCCCCUUCCCUCCCGAGCGGCGCCCAGACAGGACUCGCCGAUGUCCUGCACAGCCGCCCUGGUGCUCUCCCUCCUCGCUCUCGCCUUUCCACCUACGGCCUUGGCUGGACACCAUUUCCCGGGCCUCUGCUCUUAAAAAGAGGAUGGGGCGUGUUCCAUCCUACCACUCUCUGCCAUCCGGUGUCUCCCUCCACCGCAGCGGCCGGGACGAUGGCAUUAGUCCGCUGAGGCGACUUUGAUUCCGGGGUGGGGGUGGGGGGGCUCAAGCCGGGAGGGGGGGGGACAGUUUUGAUUUCCUGCGGUGUGUGGAGAGGAGGGGGCCAACCGGGGCUCCCUCCCCCGCCCUGCCUUCCUCCCAAGUUCUCGGGCAUGUGAGUCCCAGCGCUUUGUGCCAUGUCUCUGGAAGGGCUGGAAGUAACUCAGAAUGUGGCAGACCUGGAAGCCUUGCUGAGGGGAGCGGAGGCCAUCCAUGUGAUGGAACAGCAGAUCGUGAUCAUUUCCACUCCAGACCAGCUCCCCGCGUCCGAAGGAGACCACGACACCGAGCUGCUGCUCUUUGCCACUCCACAGCCCGCCAGAUUGGAGACCGUAACGCAGAGGCCUGCUCUGGAACGGCCACCGGUAAAACGGAAAUUGAAUUUGGAGACUGACCAUCAAUACAUUGCAGAGAACGCUCAGGUGGUUCGAGGAAAAGCAAAAAAUCCUAUAAAAGGUUUAAAGUCUCCUGGAGAGAAAUCCCGCUAUGAAACUUCUCUCAAUUUGACCACCAAGCGCUUCUUAGAGCUGCUGAGUCAGUCUCCUGAUGGUGUGGUGGAUCUCAACUGGGCUGCUGAAGUACUAAAGGUGCAGAAGAGGCGUAUCUAUGACAUAACAAAUGUCCUGGAGGGCAUCCAGCUCAUCACCAAGAAAUCCAAGAACCAUAUCCAAUGGCUGGGGAACCGGACUUCUGUGGCGGGCACCAAUAAGAGUCAAACGUUAAUAAAGGAACUACAGGAUCUUCAAGCAGCAGAACAGCAUCUGGACAACCUUAUCCAGAUGUGUACUACUCAAUUCAAGAUCCUUACUGAGGAACCUGAAAACAAGCAUUCAGCUUAUGUGACUUGCCAAGAUCUACGCAACAUUGCAGACCCCUCAGAGCAGCUGGUGAUGGUGAUCAAAGCUCCCCCUGAGACACAGAUGCAAGUCUCUGAUCCUGCAGAGGCUUUCCAAAUUGCUGUGAAAAGUACUCAGGGCCCUGUUGAUGUGUUCCUGUGCCCAGAAGAGAGCUCUGGUGUCUGUAGUCCCACCAAGAGUCCAUUGAAAGUGGCUUCUGAGGAACCUUCUUCAGCACCUUCACAAACAACACCCUCUGCGCUUCUACACCCUUCUCAGGAUACAAGUUUGCCAUUGUUGAGUGGAGACCAAGAACCUUUGUUAUCUGGAGAGACUACACUGCCUCUGAAGUGUCCCGGGGAUGAUGUAAACCUCUCACCACUGGCUUCCAUGGAUGCCUUGCUUCUGCAGGGCAAGGAUGACUUCUCAAGUUUUCUGCCCUCUGAAUUCAUUGCACUUUCACCACCCCAGACUCAGGACUAUCAUUUUGGGCUCGAGGAGGGUGAAGGCAUCAGUGAGCUCUUUGACUGUGACUUUGGAGAUUUCACCUCCUUGGAUUUCUGAAUAUCCUCGGGUUGGGGAAAGGGGAGCGCCACCUGGUCAACUCUACCCCACCACAGGCGGGGGGAUCUUUUUUGCAGCUGACAUCUGAAUAUAAUUCCAGGGCUAGUUGUCAUCUUCAGGGCCAGUGUGCUGUCAAUCAGAUGCCAGGGAAGGAAAAUGGCAGGAUGUGGUCUGGCAUCGGUGACAGUGGGAGCACUCAGCUCCUGGAAUGGCUGCCUUUUGCUGGCCCUCUCCCUGUAAUUGAGGGAGAUGGCUGUGAAGCUAAUUGCUGCUGUGAAUGUUGCAAGCUUGUUUUUGUGACCUGAUUGAAAGAAAGCAGGCAUCACCUCAAGCCUGCUGUGCCCAGGCCCAGAGUAGUAAUAAUACUUAGGAAUAGGUGAGUAGGGUCACCUUGAUUCUCUGGUGCCAUGUUUGGAAUCUAUAGGGAUAGCUUUAGAGAUGCUGUUGCAGCGGCCUAGUUAUUCUUGUUGAACCACUCCUUUCCCUGAAUUUCACUUUAGACAAUACUUGGCUGUGGGCAGGCCCCCUUUUUAGCAGGUGCUUAAUUUUCUAUGUUGUGAGCAAUUUCUCAAUCUUGGCUUAGAAAAACACGAUGGUCAGAAGCUAUCUUUAGAAGAGGGGGCCCCUCCAUUCCUUUCUCAGCAAACUGUUUAGGUUGUGUGGCAGAAGCACUGAGCACAUUAUUUUGAGGGACACCUUUCUGCCAGGCAGCAGUGGGAGAAGGUGACCAGAACGGUACUUCUCAGAACAGUCAUUGAUCUGAGGUGGACUCUUGCAGCCCAUCUCUACUUGGUUGGCUGGCAUUUUUAUCUUUAUCUAGGACUGGGAAAAUUCUGUAUGCUGGCAAAUGAUAAACCAGAGAUUUGCAACUCAGUAUCAAAGAAUGGUCAAGUAGAAGAAAGAAAACCAACUGGAUAGGAUGGAUGAUAUAAUGGGAGCCUUUUGUUAAACAUGCUGCUCAAACUAGUGAAAAGGUAAUGGGUGCGUUAGAAAAAUGGGUGAACUUUUUUUUUUGCUCUUUUUAAAAAAAUGUUCUGGUUGAAAAGGAGAAACUGGCUUUCAAAAAUGAGGCACCAAGAAUGGUGGGGUGAAUUGUUUCUGGAUGCCGAUGCAAACAUAUUUUUUUUCCUCAUAAGCCUCACCAUAAAGCUUUAAGGAGGGUCCUGUAAAGAUUAUUUAUUUAUUUUGGGUGUUCCUCACCUCCCACUAUGGAUAUUAUUUUCUGGAAAGUCUAUUCCCUGGUAGAAUAUCUAUAUAUCUUAUCUGGGGAUGGGAUGGGUUUUUAUUAUGGUGAUUUUUUUUUUCAUAGUGAGGUGCUCAGUCUGCUCAGCUGUCUUUAGGUUUAGAGCAGACAGCCAACAAUGCAGAGGGGACACUGCUUGUCGUAGGAAAUGAAGUUACUGGAACAUUUUGCUUCAGCAGGAGGAAAGGGAGGAUUGCUAGCUAUUUUCCAUAAUAGUAAGGGAGGUUAACCCUACACAGUAUUGUCAGACAGCAAGCAACCAAUGCCUUUAUUUACCCCUUUCCUGUAAAGUGAAGGGAAAACACAGACUUUUCUCCUUAUUAUCCCAAUCCCUAUGCUAAGCAUAAGAUACAUCCAGAAAUCAUGGAUUCAUGUUAUUUAUUUAUUAUUUAUGUGGCUCCAUCCAGUGUUCCUGGAAGAUAAAGGAUAGUGUCAGAGGAAUAUGGGUGCAUGAACUCAACAUGUCCAGGUAUGUAGAAAGAGACUCUUUAGGUAUCUGAUUAGAAUUGCUGAUCUAGCAAGUGACAGCAGAGAACCUGGGAACAAGUACGUUGUGGUCAAAGAGCCUCGAAUAGUGAAGAGAUUCAAUGUCUCAUCAAUAUGUUGAGAGAGUAUGACUGGUCAAGACAAGUGAAUUGAAAUGCUAUUUAUUCAUAGAGGAUGGACAACAGGUUCAUCUUGUAGAACAGUAUUUCUGAACUUCAAUAAUUUUAAGGUGUGCAAAUUUCAGUUCCCAGAAUUCCUCAGCCAUUGUCCUGGGAAUUGAAGUCCACGCAUCUUAAAGUUGCUGAGGUUGAGAAACACUACUGUAGAGAAAUAUUUUGGUAUGUUGAAAGGGAGGGUGGGGGAGGGAAACACACACUGGUAGGAUAAGAGUUUGUGGAAGGAAUAGUUUUAUUCCAGGUUUAUCCAUUUUGAGAAGUAGCUUUAGUUGAAGGAAUGGGGCUUUAGCAGCAGGUAUGAAUGCCAUCAGCUUGACUAGGAGUUGUUCCUAGUGCAUCACAAAGCAGUAAUUGGUGCUGUCCCUGAGGUGCCUUCUUAGUCCUUUAAGUAUUAUUUACUGGAACUCACCAAAGUGUGCUCCUACAUGUUAGGAGUGUAUUUUGCUUUAUGGAAAGGUAACCAUGACUCAGUGUGUGGCUUUGUGUAUUUGUGUUCUUAACAGAUGAGAGAACUACUAAUGUAAAGCAUUGUGACAACCAGUCCCAAAUAAUUUAAAUUUCACUGGAGCUCUUUUUUGGACAAGACUGAACAAAAGCAUCUCUUAACUGGGUCUUCUUCAGGCAACACAUAUAAAUACGCUUCCUCAAAUCAAAAUUCAUCAGGCAGCAGGUGGUUGUAUAAGCAUAGAUAACACAAUAUGAUUCCCAUCCUCUCUUCUCACCUUUCAACUCUUUCUCAGGUUGCCAGUUCCUAAAGCUGAAUCAAGUUAAAAAUUAUCCCUGUGUUGCUAGGCUCUACAUAAGGAGAAACAGCUAACUCUCUCCAAACAUCGCAUUUUCCAAGUUGGACAUUUGCAAGUAAUCUGUUCUCAAGAAACUUAAUGCUGUGUUCUUGUAGACUGCACUACUUCUGAAUAAUAACUGGCAAAACAUGUUCUCUGUAACCAAGGUACACCUUAUUUCUUGUUUCAGAUACAAACAGGAGAGCAAUUUGAUCAUAUUCACAUUAAUUACUGAUCUCUAAGUGAGCCUUAUCUGGAUGCCUUCUGGAUUUCCUAUAAUAUUACAUGUUAGCCAAGUUGGCUGGGGCUGAUGGCAGUUUUAAUUCAAUUCAUCUAGGCACGAGGGUUACAAAUCUGGAUUGCAUUUCUGUACAUAGGUAAUCUUAACUUUCUGACAUGUUUAUCUUUUUGUAAUGUGGAUAUCUCCCUCAGUAGUUGCAGCAAACAGAGACAAUCUGUUCCAAAGGAUUCAUUGAUAGAUUUAUACCUUUUGAUAUAUUCAUACUGAGCACAUCUUGCUUUCACAAGGGAAGACCAGUACUGCUUUGGCUAGCCUCUUUCUGAUGCAACUCAUACAAAAGUCACUGUAAUGUGCC